GAAUAACAUGUUAGCAUAAAGUGUUCAAUGUUAAUUGUAAGGCCCAAGAUUAAGCGCAGGAGUUGGUUAAAAUUUGCAAAUGGGAUAUGGGGUAACUCAACCCAAUUUUGGACUUUAAUCAUAAAAUUCCUAAUAAACAUUUAUGCCAUUAAGUACUCCAUUGCCAUGCCCUGGCGUUGGAUAAUUAAAAGGAUAGAUGCCUAUAUAAUAUUCAAUGCCAAUUUAGAGUGUGAAUUAGGGAUAAUUAUCACAGCACUUGAUCAAUUAUUAAUAACAGCCAUUAGUUGUUUAAAAUUUAAUUUAACCUCAACCAUAAAUCUAAUAUUAAUAAUAGCUUGUUCAAGCUCCUCCUUUGUAAUUCACAUAGGCAGCUUAAAUAGAAAGGAAGGUGAACUAUAUUCCUUAGAAAAAAUAAAUAGUGAAGAUGGAAGAGUAAGAAAUAGAAGAAAUAGUUCCUGUAGAGAGAACAAUUGUAGAAUAUAUUCCUGUUUAAACAAUUAUAGGUAUAAAAUAAUAAUCUAAAUCUUAGAGAAAGUACCAAUUCCUGUAGAAAUUCCGUAUGAAGUUAUGAUUCCAAAGCCAUAUUAAUAAGAGAUUAAAUACCCUAAUCCACAAAACUAAUUUUUAACAGACGACAUGGGAAAUCCACUUAAUAAUCCUGAUGAUUUAUCCAAAAACAAGUUGCCUCCAACAACAAUUACAAGUUAUUAAUAAAAAGAAUCAUAUGAAAAUGAUGACGACGAAGAUGAGAAUACUGAUGAUGAUGAUGAUGAGUUGAUCGAAAAAUACACCAGAAUUAUUGAGGAAAUUAAAUAAAGGAGGAGAAGAAGAAGACAUAGAUAAGGAUUGAGUUCUGAUGAUGAAGAUGAUUUCAAUUUUAGUAAAUUUUAAUAGAAAUUUGGCUCAUAAUAAGGAAAUUAAGGAGGUUACUAUGAUAGUAGAUAUGGUUAUGGAGGGUAUGGAUAGUCUCAGACUAUGAUGAGCAGGGGAUAUCACGGCAGAGAUAAAAGUGCAAGAGACUAUUUAAAUUAAAGAAGAUGA